AAGUGUCGUCACUGCUUAGUGAUGUUUGACCUUCCUAUACUUCUGCCAGUAGUAGUCACAGUUCAUUUGGCGAUUGGGAGUUUGCACAAUGCGGUUUGUUCUAACAGUCCAUUGAAAUGCUACUACUGACUCUUUUAAGAGUGUCACGCCACAGACUGUUGUCAGAGUAAACUAAGGGAACAAUGGUGAAAUACUUUUACUGCUCGGGUCUGUUAAAGAGCACUUGGGACCAAGUCUGCACUGCUUUCUGGCAAAGGUAUCCCAACCCUUACAGUCAUCAUGUCUUGACAGAGGACAUCAUUUUCCGAGAAGUGACCCCAAGCAACUGCCUCAUUUCCAGACGAUUGUUGACCAAAACCAGCCGCUCUCCUCGCUGGAUGGAACGCUACCUUCCAAAGCACAUGGCCAGCUCAGCGUACAUCAUUGAGGACUCCAUUGUGGACCCACAGAAAAGGACCAUGACCACGCUGACGUGGAACAUCAGCCACGCUCGGCUCAUGUCUGUAGAAGAGCGCUGCUUCUAUAAAGUUGACCCCGAGAACGGCAGCUGGACAGAGAUUACACGGGAAGCCUGGAUCUCAUCCAACGUCUUUGGGCUUUCUAGAGCUAUUCAGGAAUUUGGGCUGGCAAGAUUUAAGACGAGCGUCACGAAGACCAUGAAAGGCUUUGAAUAUGUGCUGGCCAAAAUGCAAGGGGAAACUCCGUCGAGAUCAUUAGCGGAAACGGCGACGGAGCGUGCGAGGGAGACGGCACUGGCAGCUAAAGAGAAAGCCAAGGACUUGGCCUCACAUGCACAGAAGAAGCAAUUCGUUUGAUGAACUGGGCAGACACUGGGACAUAUUUACCUCGACUCAUUCAGAGAAGCACUGCUGAGCUAGCACAGGGUUAGACUCCUGCGAGAAACGCCCGAGCCGGGUUCAGGAGCCUCCUUCAUCACCUCCAAUGCCUCAUCCUCCUAGCACUUUCCAGAGACGGGGAGCGUGUAAACGAGUGCAGAAGGCUCCGGCUGACGCGGGAAAUGUCCAGCUCCACUAAAAGUGUUCCUUAAACCUCCGCUCAGCCUCACUUCCCACCAGUGUUUUCAUUUAAUCUUGUUCCUGUUUGUCAUUUUUAAGUUUGUAAUUGUCACUGUUAAGAGUCAUAGCUGUUUUAGAGAAGUUUUUUUUUUUUUGGCAAUCAUCUGAUGAAACCUCAGUUAUUCAAUUCAAACUGAAACUUGUUAAAAAAAAAAAAAAGAAGGUCCAUAAUGUCAUUGUUUGGUGAGAGAUCUACAGCUGCUAUAGGAGCUGUGGAUACUACUAAACUGUAAUAAAGCAAAGAUAUAUUGUUCUAUAGCAGAAAUAAAUUAAUUACAACAA